AUGGAGCAGCCACGUCACGUUGGUGAUCUUGCCGAUGAGCUAUUGAGCGAAAUACUGCUUUUUCUGCUGGAGCCGACGCCCAGAGCUCUGAACGGUGGAAUUCACGCCAAUGGCUCUGGGAAUGCAAUUGAAUACGGGGAGGCUUCUGACCUCGAUCGCUUUCGUCUGGUCUGCAAGCGCUUCAUGCGAAUCGGCACCCCUCAUAAAUUUGCACGUUUCAGCUUGCGAUUCUCCGAACGUGGCUUCCGACGCCUGGAGCAACUAUUAGAAAUGCAGCUGGCCUGCUAUGUAAAGACUCUCACGUACAUGGUGCGGCCCUUUUAUCAAGGAAGCGGUACCAACUUUCAACCCCGAACUGGAUGGACUCGAGUACUCCGAACACUAUCAACGCAGAACAACGCCCUAUCCCAACUACAUAACCGCCGAUUCCAAGAACAAACAAGCCUCCUUGAAACGAACUACGACAAAGCUCAGCUUAUACACGCGAUCGCCGCCUUCACCUCUCUCCAAGAUAUACAACUCCUCAGACUCCAAGAUGAUCCAGACGAGCGCCUAGUCGAAUACAUCCGCAACCACCACCAUAAUGCCCAGACCCAACCAGCAAAUACCAUAAGCCUAGACUGGUCACCAGCCUGCACACGAGCAGUAACAAACCUCGGCAUCGCCCUCCUCUCCUCAAAAAGCCACUCAAUCCGCUUCACGGCACCCCAAAUCAGCCCAGAAGCAACGCUUCAACUCCUACGCGCACCCGCAACCACCCUAUCAGAAAUGGGAACACGCCUCACAAGCCUAGACAUCAACUUCCACUCGACCAACGACAACAUCACGCCCACAAUGGCCGACUUAUCAGGCAUCUUCCAUCGAUUCUUCCUGGCCGCUAAAAAUCUCAUUGCUAUUCACAUCGGCUUCCUCGGCAAGACGCCCCUGGACCUCGAUCUUGAAAGUGUCUUCCAUGACAUACGCUGGAAAACGCUUCGCAAGCUGAGCAUUCAGGGGUGGAGAUUGCAUGCGAGUGAGAUUAUCGAUCUGGCACGCCGGCAUCGCUUCCAAUUGAGGGAUUUGGGGCUUGUCGGGAUUUAUCUCCGGGCUGGUGGGAAGUGGUCGGAUGUACUCUCUUUCCUGCGUGAGGAGAUGGAUCAACUGGAACGGCUGGAACUACGGGAAAUAGACUACGCGGCUUAUUUUGAUCUGGUUUUCGGGUCGAAUGUUGGCGUGGAAGUCUUUGAUGAUUAUCCGCUUCCUGUGCAAGUUCCUUCUUCGUUGGAUGUUGCGGCGGCGGCGGAGGCGGAGGGCCGGGCGUCUGCAGGGCCGGGGUUAGGGUUCGGGCCUGAUGGGCCGUCUGGUCGGAUUGGGCGUUAUGGGCGGGUUUCUGUUGAGAGGGUUUGGGUGUUGGGGGCGGAGGGCCUAGGAGAUGAUGGGAUGCAUGUCUUGCAUGAGCAGAUGCCGCUUUGGGAGGCUUGGGUCUUGACUGGGGAUGUUAGAACUAGGAGGAAUGGCAAUGGGAGUGGAAAUAGGAAUGAAAACGGCAGGGUGCAUGGGUGGAGUAUCUAG